AUGGACUCAUGGUUUUGUUGUGGCCACCCUGUGGGCACAACUUCUGUAAUUGACUGGGCUGUCAACCUCCCGUGCAGGUGUCCCAUGUGUAAGGAGGUUUUCUACAGCAGACCGGAGCUGCGGGUCAAUACUCUGAUCUCUCAGAUGGCCGCUCAGUUCAGACAAACCAAACCAGAGCCAACACGUGAAGCAGCCGAGGAGGUUUCCUGUGACGUCUGCACUGGAAACAAACUGGGAGCCGUAUGUCUGGCCUCCUACUGUGGAACUCACCUGGAGCCGCACCUGACAGUGUUAGGUCUGAAAAAACAUCAGCUAAUCCAUCCUGUGGAAAAUCUGCAGGUUCGGAUGUGCAUGAAACACGAUAAGCCUCUGGAGCUCUACUGCAAGAUCGACCAGAUGUGUGUCUGCAUGCUCUGCAUGGUUUUAGACCACAAGACACACAAUGUCGUCCCCGUGAAAACAGAAUACCAAGAGAAAAAGAAAGAGCUGGACGAGAAAGAGGCUGAGAUUCAGCAGAUGAUCCAGAAGAGAGAGGUGAUGAUCGGGCAGCUCAAACACUCGGUUGAGGUCAGCAAUGAAAGUGCAAACAGAGAGAAAGAAAAAGGUCUUCAGGUCUUUGCUGCUCUGAAGGAACCCAUCGACCGAAGCCUGGCUGAGUUCAUUGAGACGAUCGAUAACAAACACCGACCAAUAGAGAAGCAGACCAAAGGCUUGGUUGCAGACCUGGAGCAGGAGAUGUUUGACCUGAAAAAGAAAAGUGAGGAGCUGAAGCAGCUCUCGUGUUCUGAAGACCACUUCCAAUUCCUCCAAACCUUCUCGUCCUUAAAGGAGGCCAAAGACUGGACCGGUGUUAGUAUCCAUCAGCCAUCAUAUAAAGGGACUGUGCAGUGGCUGAAGAGGGCCCAGCAGUAUGCAACCAGUGUGACACUAGAUCCUGAGACAGCAAACCCCUGGCUCCUCGUGUCUGACGACAGGAAGCAGGUGACGUUCGGUGACCUUAACAAGAAUCUCCCCGACAACCCCAAGAGAUUUUCUUAUUAUGCCAGUGUCUUAAGUAAGAACAGUUUUUCGUCAGGAAGAUUUUACUUCGAGGUUCUGGUUGAGGGGAAGACGAAGUGGGACUUAGGAGUAGCCAGUGAGUCGGUGGACAGGAAGGGACCGAUCACACUGAGUCCUCUGAACGGUUACUGGGCCGUGUCUUUGAGGAACGGAAACGAGUACAAAGCUUUCGCUGAAUCUCGCGUCUGUCUCCGUCUGAAGUCUGUGCCCAAGAAGGUGGGGGUGUUUGUUGACUACGAAGACGGUCUGGUGUCUCUGUACGAUGUGGACACAGCUGCCGUCCUCUACUCCUUCACCGGCUGCUCCUUCACUGACAAACUCUUCGUCUUCUUCAAUCCCUGCAAUAGUGACUGUGGGAGAAACUCUGCCCCUCUGGUCAUCUGUCCGAUACAGAACCUCCAGUUGACGCAGUUAUACUCCAGAGUAAAAAACAGAAUAAAUAAUUGACAAAAUAUUUACUCCAGAACUUCAACUCAGAUUGAUGAGGACAUUGGAUUUCUUUGUUUCCUACAUGUCGUUGAUAAUCAUUAGAAAAAGAAUAGUAAUAGUAAUAGUAAUGUGAACCUGGCUGGAGGAUCACAUCUUUCUUUACCGUUGUGAAACAGGAUGUUUUAGAUAUUUACCUUAUGAGAAGGAAUCAUGGAUCUUGAUAAAAAAAUACUUAAGGGAAGAGUUGGGCCUUUGCAGAGGUGUGAGCUCUACUGAGUGAGAUUGACGGGUCACAUUCUUCUACUGCUACAGGAAGAUCACAGAGAGGGAGUUCAUCUAAGUUCAUGUCAUUACAAUAAGCACUAAAUUGUAUGUAAUGUGAAAAAGGACGAGAUAUGAGCACGAUUCUUUCUCUGGUACAAAGUGAAACAAAAGGGAGACAUGAGGAGCAGUGAUGGUUAUAGAAAGCUCCAGUGAUUGCAAAGGAGAAACAAAUAAUAAGAGGAGAGGGGAUUGGCCAACAACCCCCCCCCCCCCCCCCCUCUGGUUCACUUAAAACCUGAGUCUCCUCCAAACAGCUUUUGAUCAUUUACAGUCAAACUGGUGAUUAAUGAAUGAAAUAUUCCAUUUGUUAGAACUGAGAAAAACAGAUUUUAUUACUCAGAACAAAUCGACCCACUACAAACUGACCACACAAAUACCAUGGAGAUGGGUUAGUGGGUCACAAUCGAAACAAAAACCACUGGAGUCUUUUAUUUUGAAACGAUAACUGUUAUUCUUUGUGAAACGAUUUUCCAUGUCACAUUAAA